CCUCCUCUCUGCCAAAAUCUACUGCAUGCCUUUUUUCUGUAAAUCAGAUUAAAUCAAAGUCCACUUUCUUUUUGUAGCAGAAUCAUCCAUUCAAUUCUAUAUUUCUCUCUCCUCCAUUUCCAAUUCGAGUGCUUCAAUCUGGUUUGUGCCUUUCCCCCCUUUUUUUAGGGUUCGUGUUCUUAAUUUCUCGGUUUUUUUUUUUUAUGUAAUUGGAAUUUGCGAUCGAAUUCGCGCAUCAUCGUUCAUCUAUUGUGUUUUGGGUGUUGAGAAUUUCCUUUUGUUUCUCUGCAUGGAGUAGCUUCUUUUAAUGAGAUGUACGAUGGCUGAUUAUAACAGCACAGUGAUGUCACCAGACGAGGUUUCCGCUCUAAAAGAAACUCUCUACGCGCAGCAGAAGCUUCUCCAGAAACUCUACAACGAGCUCGAUGCCGAACGAGAGGCCUCAGCCACUGCCACCAAGGAGACAGUAUCCAAAAUACAACGCCUCGAAGGAGAAAAAUCCGCCGUGAAAAUGGAAGCAGAGCAGUACAAGAGAGUAGCCGAAGAAAAAAUGUGCCACGUGGAGGAAUCUUUAGCGAUAAUCCAAGAUAUCUUCCACCAAAAGGAUAUGGAAGUCGCUGCGUUGUCUUACCAAGUUGAAGCCUAUAGAUACAAGCUCUUGAGCAUGGGAUGUGCAGAUCUUUUGCAGAGAAACGAAAAUGUAGCUUGUGAUACAAGUCUUGGGAGGAGAAAUUCGGCGCCUCUUUUGGUCAAAUUCAAUAGGGCUCUGAUCGAAAGAGAUAGCAAUGCUAGCCCGGAAAUUGACGGGCUUUCUUCAUUCGAAGAAAUAAACGAAUUUAUAACCUCGGAUUCAUCAGACAAGAAAAGCGAAAGUCCUAGCUUGCAGGAACAGAUACGGAAAUUGGGUUUACAGGUCAAAGAGUUUGCUAUUGACACGAGCUCGGCGAAUAAUAAUCGAACUCGUUCGCCCUCGCCGCAGCUAAGCUUUGACAAUUCGUUCGACACGAAUAAAGAUCAAGAAAAUAAUCCGUAUGCAGCUUCUACGAGUGUGGUUCUUGAUGUUUUUGAGGUCCCACAAGUCGAUAGGAGCAUCGACACUUCUUACGAAUCUUCGAGUAAGGACAAGAAAAAGACGGGUUUUUUUCAAGCUAGUGAGAUUCUUGAAAGCAGAGAAGCUGUUAAACUUCAUGCUAAAGAUGAAUCUGAUUGGCUGAAGAAAUUAUUGUAUAGACCGAGUGAUAUUACUGCUAUUGAUCGAGCUCUUGUUGUACAGCCUUCUACGAGUGUUGCUCAAUGUAGGCCCGAUUUGAAUAACCGGGCUUUGGGGGUUAGUGAAAUUGAGAGGGUGUCGGAAAAUUCGAACAGAGAGGAAGUAUUGAAAUUGUUGAAAGAGAUUAAGGAACAAAUAAGUUUAUUACAGGACGAGGUUAGGUGUCAGAAAGGAAAUAAAUCGUCCACGAGAGAGAACUCGUCUCUACAUUCUCUAUCGGAGGCGAUGUUUCACUUUUGGCUUUGAUGGAGCUGAAAAUGUUCGACAUUUGACGUGUACAAACCGUGUGUGUAUAUUCUGCCUAACACAACACCUGAUUUUUGUGUGUACAAAAUAAACUUUCUUGCAUUGAUUUUUUUGUUUGUCAUUGUGGAGUUGAUUGUGAUUUUUUCUUUUUCUUUUGUGUAUAUAAGAAGCAUACGACGAUUCUUUGAUACAUAUUGAAUAGCUUGAUAGGAGUGGUGUGUCCCGGUCCUGUCACGUGUCUCGACUUUUUCUUCAAAUGGAAAAAAAAGAGAGAUUUUUUUUCACACUUUUCGAAUGUAUACUCGUUACUAAAUAUGAAUGAUAUCCGGAUUUUUUUGAUUUGCCUACUGCAUGAAAACUUAUCGAACAUUUUUUUCUAGUACUUUUUUUUUU